GGUGGGUCCCCGGGCCAUGUUCUGUGCUGGGCAGAGGGGCUGUCCGGGCACAAGUGCCCCACGGCUCUGCCGCCAGGGGGCGUCCUCGAGAACCUGGCGGGAGCGCACCACGUGGCUGUGGGAGCUCCGGCGCAGGCGUCGUGGACACUGAGGUGGGCUAAGGCUUGGGCGCCUAGGUGGUCAGGGCCACAGGUGGUCAGGGCCACAGGUGGUCAGGGCCACAGGUGGUCAGGGCCACAGGUGGUCAGGGCCACAGGCGGGCGGGCACGGUGGCGGGUGUCGCCUGGCGCCCCACCAGACACAAUGUUGCCCUGGCCUGGGCCAUGGGGCACAGGCCAGGAGGAGGCGAGCGAGGAGCCAGGCCUCUCCACAGGCAGUGGCCACGCCGGAGACUGGAGCUCUGGAGAGGAAACCACGGAAGAGCCCGGGACGCCCGUGCAGGGCAGCCCGCAGCCCCAGGCUCCCAGCCCGUCUGAGGCCGGAGGAGAGCUGUCGCCGCCCUCCAGUCACCUGGCCACCGAGCAGACGGCUGAAGCCCCAGUGCCUCCUCCUCCCCAGGUGACCUCCCAGGUCACCACCUCAAGGAUGACCCCGCUGCCACUCUGGGGUCCCAGCCACGAGGCUAAUGAGAGACCGCAGCUGAUGGGGGCCAGCUGUGGGUCGGGCGUCUCGUUGUCUGGCAGGACACUGUGUCAUCCUUCCUGGCCUAUGUAUGACGCCUGGGGUAGGAUCCCUACCUCAGGGCAUCCAGAAGAAGAGCGAGUGUCCAGGGAUGCAGGGCUCCCGGUGACAAGCUAUGAUGAUGUCUUUCUCUUGGACCCUCUGCUACCCUGUGGGCAGCGUAUCCCCCUGUACCUGUCCAAGCCCCCUCAGCAGGCAGUGGGCUCUCGGAAGCUGCUGCUCCCACCUCCCAUCGUGUCCUCCUCUGUGCGUCCCUCGUCAUCCCAGGCCUGCUCCUCCGCCUGGCUCAGCGAAGCCGAGAUGAUUGCCCUCACCGGUCUGCUGCAGAUGAGCCAGGGCGAGCUGCCGUCUCACUCCUCGGCAAGCCCUCUGACCUCCACCGGCUGCCCAGACCCUGUCCCUGCCUCUGAAGAGCCAGGCCCCAGUGGUGGCCAGAGCUGUCCCACACAGAGCCCAGAUACCCACUGCUCAUAGUGCUGGCUUCCCCACAAGCUCUUCCGUUGACAAUAAAUCCCUUAG